GUCAGAGGAAAUGACGAAGGCAAGAGUUGGCCAGUUUAUGAAAGUCCCAGCAAAAGCGCGCGCAGUUACAUUCAGGUCCUCGAGAGAAGAGAAGACAGGACAGAGACACCUGUGUUUCUUUUAGAGUCUUUGGAUUUGUACGUGCUAGCGCUAAAAUACUUUGAUAGUCUAAGAUUACUGCGUUCCUGCACUUUAAGACAAGCAGAAAGCUAGGCCGCGCUUGUGUCAUAACAGGAAUUAGAUAACUUUUUUUCUUUUCUCCUGCCAUAAAAAAAAGAAGCACAAUGUUUGAGGCACGUCUCGUUCAAGGAUCAAUCCUUAAGAAGGUUCUGGAGGCUCUGAAAGACCUCAUCACCGAAGCCUGCUGGGAUGUCAGCUCCUCGGGCAUCUCUCUGCAGAGCAUGGAUUCAUCUCAUGUGUCCCUGGUGCAGCUCACGCUCCGAAGUGAUGGGUUCGACUCCUACCGCUGCGACAGAAACCUGGCCAUGGGUGUCAAUUUGAGCAGCAUGUCAAAGAUUCUGAAGUGUGCUGGAAAUGAAGAUAUCAUCACACUUAGAGCAGAAGAUAAUGCAGACUCCUUGGCGCUUGUGUUUGAAACACUCAAUCAGGAGAAAGUGUCCGACUAUGAGAUGAAACUGAUGGAUCUGGAUGUGGAGCAGCUUGGCAUUCCAGAGCAGGAAUACAGCUGUGUGGUGAAGAUGCCCUCUGGUGAAUUUGCCCGUAUCUGCAGGGAUCUGUCACAGAUCGGUGAUGCUGUCAUGAUUUCUUGCGCCAAGGAUGGCGUGAAGUUCUCUGCCAGCGGAGAGCUGGGCACAGGCAACAUCAAGCUCUCACAGACAAGCAAUGUCGACAAGGAGGAUGAAGCGGUGACAAUUGAGAUGAAUGAGCCAGUGCAGCUUAUUUUUGCAUUGAACUACCUGAACUUCUUCACCAAAGCCACUCCUCUGUCCAAGACGGUCACGCUCAGCAUGUCUGCAGACAUUCCACUAGUGGUUGAGUACAAGAUUGCAGACAUGGGACACAUCAAGUACUAUCUGGCACCCAAGAUUGAUGAAGAAUCAUCCUAAAUGCAUGUGGAAGACUGAAGUCUGUCAUCUGCAGAAUUUUGUCCUGCAUAUCAAAUUAUUUCAAUAGAUGUUUUGGGAAAAUGCCUUUUACUUCUGUGUCUGCUGUGGUUUCCAGUUCAAUGGAUUCACAAUUCUGUGACCACCUAAGCCAUUUUGUAUUAUUGGCAGAUACAUGGGCACACUUAAAAGAUGGUAGUUUGGUACUUAGCUUUACCAGGCGCUGUGGACUGAGAGUAGAGUUCUUAAAGACAGCAUGUACAGGCUCAACUUUGUCUCAGUCUCAUUUUCUUAAUCUUUGUGCUCUUAUCUUCUUUCUUGACUCCAUUUCAGGUUUUUGUCCAACUGCUCAUUCCAAUGUGUAGAUAAUUGUCUGUAAAUAUGCUAAUUGGACACUGUUCAUCCGGUCAACCAUUAAUAAAACUUUUUGUAAUGAUGA